AUGCGUGCAUUCUGGAUCUUACGACUUGCGGUUUCGGUUCUUGUUUCGGGCACGCAGUGUAUCGGGCUGCAGGAUGAUGGGGCCUGUGUGAGACGCCAGUCUGAGACGAAUUUAGUGACUGGUGCCACUUCACGGGAUGAUAAUGGAAAUGUCUAUGUGCGCCGCGAGAUCAGGGACCUGAUGGAUAACUACCCCGAUCAAUGGAGUCUGUACAUUUUGGCACUGGAUAGUCUGCAACGUGCUGAUCAGAGCGAUGCGUUUUCCUUCUACGGCCUGGCAUCUAUUCACGGAAGACCGUACAAGACAUGGGGAGACGCGCCUGGGUUACCUGAGAAGAUUGGCAAAGCAGGCUAUUGUCCACAUGACAAUGAGUUAUUCUUGGGAUGGCAUCGGCCGUAUCUUGCGCUGUUCGAGCAAGUUGUUUCCAACCACGUCCACGACAUCGCUGCAAACGCUCCAGUGGAUCAAUCUCAACGCUACCUCACUGCCGCUCGUGAGUUCCGCAUCCCAUACUGGGACUGGGCUCAAGGCACCAAGCUCGGCCCGGUCCCUGAUAUUUUCCUAACUCCUACAAUCACGAUCACAGAUACAAAGGGCAUGCCAGUAGUUAUGGACAACCCCUUGUUCUCCUACAAGUUCCACCCCCUACCCACUGGCUUCCACGGCAAAUGGCGCAAAAUGAACUCGACCGUCCGCUGGCCAGCCUCCGACGACCCCUUCUCACCCUCGCGCCCCUGGCUCUUCGCCGAAGCCUUCAAAAACCAAUCCAACAACCUCAUCGCCCAAGCCAGCAUCGCCUUCCGCUCAAGCACCUUCUCGCGCUUCUCCUCCGCACUCGAAGACGCCCACGGCUGGGUCCACGGCGUCAUCGGCGGGGGUUAUCUACGCGACUCGCCGUACUGGGGCCACAUGUGGCCGUUGGAAUAUUCAGCUUACGAGCCAUUAUUCAUGUUGCAUCAUGCAAACGUCGACCGCCUCUUCACCCUCUACACCCUAUCCCACCCGCAAGCCCCCAUGCUCCCCUCCAACAUCUCCACGCAAUCCAACCUCUUCCUCUCCGACAAUCAACUCAUCGACCAAGACACCCCGCUCCUCCCCUUCCGCCGCACCCCAACCGCCUUCUGGACCACGGCCGAGUGUCACGACACGGCCGUGCUCGGCUACGCAUACCCCGAGACGCAGCGCUGGAAAUUUGCUUCGGACGAGUCCUUCCAGGCGCAUGUCGAAGGCGCCGUGUCGCGCUUGUACGGCGGACGGGUGCGCGAGAUGGCGGUUGCGCAGGUGGUGGUGGCGCAAAGGAGUUUGUUUGGGGGGCUGCUCGAGAGGAAUGGGGGGUGGUAUACGGAUUGGGUUGUUGAAACGAGGGUCAAGGCACAGGCGAUGAGGGGCACGUUCGAAGUGCAGUUUUCGCUGGGGGAGCGGGAUGCGGGGGCGUGGAUGGUGCUUAUGCCUGCUGUGCGGCGGGAUGAGGUUGGGGGCGGUGGGAGUACAAAGGGGAAAGAGAUGGUGGGUACGACGAGUUUGACGGGAUUGCUGGCGGAGUGUGUGAAUAAUGCGACGUUGGAGGGAUUGAACGAGGAGGCUGUGCUGCCGUUUCUUGAGGGACGGUUGAAGUGGUGGGUGCUAGAUGAUGCCGGCAAGCGAAUCGCAAAGCUGCAACAUGGUACGGUGAAUGUCACGCUGGUUAGUACUGUAGCACGGAUACCGGUGGAUGAAGGCAAGCCAAUUGAGUAUACAGGGGUUGCGCGUAGCUAUCCGGGGAUUGUGAGGGAGAAGGUGGAUGGGUGA